AAAGUGCGCCCACUGGCAGGUAGAAUCAGGAAGUGGAUCAGAUGUGCAAACAGUAGCACGUCGUAAAUUUUUUAUUUGUUACCCUUUUGCAGAGAGCUGCAGUUUCCUUUGCUCUGGCUCCGUAUUUGCUGCCUAAUUGUGGUAUUUGCCACCACAGAUUUGUUAAGCCAUGGCGCUGUCUGCCAUUCAUGUGGUGAUGCUGGUCUUCACCCUUCUCCUGUUUACGUUCAUCAUGCUACCGAGAAUGUUUGGAGGAGGAUCGAGUGGAUCAAAGGAUGCAAGAAGCUUCGGUCCAGGCAGUCGCAUGAGACCCAUGCAUCAUUUUGGAGUUGGUUUUCAUCCUUUAUACAUCACUCCUGAAGAAACCAAAGGGAAAUCAUUUGAAGGCAUGCAAGACAUGAAAAAGUCAGUGGAGCAAGAACUAAAGACCGAAAAGCAAAAAUCAAGUAGCAAAGGACUUGUAUUCACUCUGAUGCCACUCUAUGCCAUUGGAGUUGGUAUUUUUGCAGCAUACAAAUUUAUAAAGAUUCGAUCACAGAAUAAUCAAGGAAGACACAAGAAUGAAAAUUCAGAAAUUAACAAAAAUUCUGAAGAGACAGAAAACCAGCUGAAUGAACUUGAGCAGCGUUUAGCUCAGACUGAGAAGAUGUUAAACUCCAUUUUAACCCAGCUAGAUCCAAUAACUAACUGUGUCCAGUCAGUAGCCGUCGACCAGAAAAAUGAAAUCAUGGCUCAACUUCAGUCAAUCAGGCAGUUGAUGAAGAAAAGAGGCAUGGAAAGGUCUGGGUGUGAAACAGCAGGUCCACUUGCUGAGAAUAAACUUGACGACCUCAUUGAAUUUCCAGUAACAAAUGAGAAAAUAUCACAUUCAGAUGUAGACUGGGAAGCCAUUGCCGGGCAAGAAAAUGGGAUCGCGGACACAGGAACAGAAGACAUUGUAAAUGAUGACAUUACAAAUGAAGAAAGCUUAUAUACUAAUGAUGAAACAUUUGACAUGGAUUUGAAAAGCUGUAGUAAUGUUAACCUGGACAGUAUGGAUGUCAUAAAAGACCUUCCUGAAGAAACAGAAGAAACUGGUUUAAGGAGACGCAAUAAACAUGAUGAACACUAAUGCUUGGAUUCAAACAAAGCAUUUUCUUCCACUGACUGGCUGUUUAAAUGCAUGAUAUUUAAAGCAAAUUAAGCUAUAUGCUAACUCUUAAAAAGAGUUUUAUGAAUUUACAUGAAGAGAAAAUAGCACAGAACUAAGUUCCCUUGUAAUUAAAAGAAUUCAGCUUAUUUAUUAUAUACUGUAAGUUAAAAGAUUUGGGAGUUUUUGGGUGAUACACUAUACUCGUAUGUGCUAAGCCUAAGACUUACACUGUUUUAUCUACUCUGUGUAUUUAGCACAGUGUGGCAAUGGUAGCCUGUAGCAUUUAGGUGGUUCAAGGAUUUAUUUGUGCAUUCUGCUUGCCAGCAGUUAAGUAGACAUCCUGUCAGUGUGACCUGGGAAAUAACAUUCAUGAGUCACUAAAGAAAGUUUUUCUUAUUUGAUGCCUGAUUUACUUUAGGGGGCAUCCCAUGGAUCAGUUGUUUUGUCGAGUUUAGAAUCAUGUGAAUGACGCCGUGUUCCAUGUUUUACAUUCACUGUCCUCAUUGUACUUGACCUGAAAUGCAGCAGAUUGGCUGACAUUUACUGUAGUGAUUGAUGAGCAUAAUAGGCAAGACUAACACUAAAAUUCAUUUUGCAGGUGAUUUUGCCAAUUGCAAUACAUGAAACUCACUAAAGAGGCUUUUGGGGUUUUAAAGUUUUUUUUUGUGGGGUAGAAAACAAGGAUUUAAAGCCUCAUUUACACUUCUGUGUUUACCUUUGUUCCUUUCUGCAGCUACACAACACAUGUAAUUUGUACCACACCAGUAAAAUGAAUUCUGUCAUUCACAUUACCAAAGAUGAGUACAAUACAUCAGGAAUUUUAAACAAAUCAUAUAAUGCAUAUUUUCCACCCCAAGCAAAGUCUCUCUACACAGGAAGCUGCUGCCGCCAAACCCCGCCCUCCUCCACUGUUACCUAGCAACCACCUUAUCCAUGUCAAGGCUGUGCUCACUGGUGAUUUGUUUUUUUUUUUGUUUUUUUUCUUUCUUUCACUAGAGAUUACUAUUUAAAUGCUAAAUAACAGGCAAAUGCAUGCAGAAUUAUUGCAUGGAAAUGCUUUCAGACAGCAAAUAAACAUCUUCUUGUUGUGAAUGACACAGAUUUCACUGGAGGCGAAUUGCAAUUUAUUUAGCAAAUUUGUUGGUAAGCGAAACACAGUUUUUUUUUUGCGAAUCAUAUAUUUGUGAUUCACAUUUGAGCAAAUCUUUCUGCUCAUCACCACUCGGGUUGGAUUACUUUUCUGGUUUUGAUAGUGCCUUACCACAUGGUGGGGGUUUUGGUGAUGACCUAUCAGAAGUUGUUAGAUUAAACACAGCAACAUAAUCUAUCUUUAAAGAGAUUAUAUCAACUUUUUUUAUUUUCUUUUCAAGAUGACACUUCUGGUAUUGAUAAAUUAGUGCAUUACUUAAAAGGCAAAGCUACAGUACCUGCAGGGACCACAUAUACAAGCUGCAUGUAUCUUUUAUGUUUGUCUUGUGUACUGUAUGCAGCUUGCGGUAUAUUUCACUGUAGUGUGCGGUAAGAGCAGAUGGACGGGUUCUAAAGGUAAAAAGAAAAGAUGUUAAUUCAUGUGUUUCAUGAUUCCCCUAGAUUGUAAGGACAACUUGGGUAGACCCUAAGCCCUGAGUGUUUCUCUAUGUCAUGGCAGUGGAGAUCAGUAAGUAACUGUUGAGCACAAGGACUGUUUUCACAUGUACCCCUGUGCAUCUCACAUUUUUCCCAUAUAGAUAAUGAUAUCUUUCUAAGUUUGUUUUUCAUCAUUAUUCUUUUGUGUCCUUGAUUUAAACUCUGAGCCUAUUGUUGACCAUGUUGGUUUAACUCCCUCCUGACAAAUGAGUCUAGUUAGGUUGAUAGCUGAUUCUAAAUUGGCCCCACAAUGGACUUGUCCGCCUUGCCCACAAUUGCUUCCUGCCACUGUCCUCAGUGCUGCAAUUUCAAGUUUAGGAGGUUUGAGAAUUUACUGUUGAGUUUUUCAGUCUUUUUAUUAACACUGUCAUCCUUGGCAUCAAGGGCAUGUGAGAAGUUAGUGUCCAUCUGAAUAGAUACAGGCCGGUAUGAUUCAGUUGUUUUCUCAUUGUGAGAUCACACAUGUUGGCAGCAUGCUUAUCACUGCUGCCUCGUGGCUCCAUUGUGUUCCAUCCAUCCAUCCAUUUUCCAACCCGCUGAAUCCGAACACAGGGUCGCGGGGGUCUGCUGGAGCCAAACCCAGCCAACACAGGGCACAAGGCAGGGAACCAAUCCUGGGCAGGAUGCCAACCCACCACAGUCCAUUGUGUUGUCUUUUCCUAUUUUCUCCAUGCAGGAAAUCUUGUUUUCUUCUGUCAUUCCUAUGUUCUGCAUGUUAGGUUGAUUAGUCCCAGUGAGUGAAUGAUAGUAUAAGUGAGCAUAGUGUUGAACUGUAAUUCCAUCCGUGGUUGGAUUCAUCCUUGCAUCUAAUGAUGUCUGGAUAGGGUUCAGGCUCCUGUGAACUUGAAUUACAGAAUGUGAUGUUAUGUUAUAAGCUCUUGUUCCAUUUUAGCAUUGCAUGAAAACAGUUGCAGGUUGCAGAUUGUCUCUAUAUAGUAUCUAUGUACAUCAGUUUGUCACUUCUUUGGGAAAAGCAACCCAUUUAUUCUAUGCAAUGAGUAUAACUUAAACCAUUUGAGGUAACCAUUUUAAUUUUAGUCAUUUUGCAUUACACUGGAGUAGACAGUUGGAACUCUCCUUCUGAAGCCACCUUCCAUGAUACAUAUCUAAUGUAGUACAGCUAAAGCAUCUUAGAUAGAUAGAUAGAUAGAUAGAUAGAUAGAUAGAUAGAUAGAUAGAUGCUUUAUUAAUCUCAAGGGGAAAUUCACAAAUCUUAGAAUUUUCAUGAUUUAAUAUGUCAUAUCAACAAACUUCUUUUUGUUCAUUUCACAUUUCAUAGCAAUAUCAAUGACACUUUACAAAACCCAGCUAGCAAAGAAAUUGUUGGGCUACACAUGGCUAUCAUUUUGAGUCUAUCACUCUUGGCGUGGAUCAUGAUGGUAGUAGCAGACAGAGCUGAUCAUACAAAGAUUAAAACAAUAUAGUUAAUGUAAUAGUGACAGAACGACUUCAUAUCACAAUAUGAUGCGCAUAACAGAUACAGUUAGAGAAUAUGGGAAUAGAAGUUCUGACAUAGGUUGGAACUUCAGUCUUAGUUUGCACAAAUCUUAAUGGAGUUGCGUUCACAAAACUAGGAAGAUUGCUAUAUAUGCAGCAUACUGUAUGUGACUGAAUUGGGUAGUGGAAAAGUAUUCCUAUUCCAGGUCUGCAAUACAAAGCUAAAUGGAGUAGCCAUCUCUUUGUCCCUACUUUGGCAACUGUGCAGGACAAUUUGUUUCUCUGCUGCGGUGUCUGGUCCUGUGCUUUAUAAUAUUAAAAGUACCUCUAAAUGCAUGCAGUCAAUGAGAAACGCUGGUGUUUUAAUGGCCUAGAACAGGAGUUCCCAAACUCAGUCCUGAGGACCUACUGUGGCUGCAGGUUUUUAUUCCAGUCAAAUUCACAAUUCGUGAUAAGAAUUGAUCUGAUUUAUUUAGAUGGUCUUUUUCCCUUCUCUUAUUCUGCCUUUAGAAUAUCACAGCAGUAUGAUUUUUACAUUCAUAAGAUGUUUAGAAAUAUUUCUACUUCUGCUUUAAAUGCUUACCUCUCCUUUGUUGUUGUCCUAUUGUUUUAUUUUUUUUUUUGUGCAGUUUGCAUCCUUCACUGUAUCCUAAUAAUGAUAAUUAAAACAAACAGAACUGACAGUCCGGUAAACAACAACAAAUGGUGAAAGGCUGCAAUAACUUUAGCAUCAGACCCACUUAUUAGUAGAUAAUAAAUUAAACAAUCAGAACACCUGAAAAAGCAGAAUGAAUAUCAGGCUGAAAAUUAUUAAAAAAAAAAAAAAAAAAAAACUAUCCCCUUAUAAGUGCUUAGUACAUUUUAAUAAAAAUGAUCAAACUUAGUUUUGUUAUUUCUCCAUUGACUCCAAAACACAGAACAGUUCACUUAAUUAGCCCAGGAGUCCAAUUAAAACCAGAAGCUGGUUGGAACAAAAACCUGCAGCCACAGUGGGUCCCCAGAACUGUGUUUGAGAAGCACUGGCCUAGGAGAUGGCUUAAAAAUGUCAGAGUCCUAGAAAAAGAAUCUGUUGCAGAAGCCUAUACAGUACAUCUGAAUAUUUCAAUGUCUGCUUAUUUAGUGUGACUUGAUUUCAUAAAUCAUUGAAUAAAGAGUUCAAAGAAAGAAAAGUAAUGGAGAAACUGGCAUUAAAUAGUACUGUUCUUUUAUAUGAGCAGUUUCUUUCAUUCUUUGUCAAUGAAAUAAUACUAUGCUGUGGCAUUGUUCCUACUGGUCAUGUACUUCUUGUUGUUAAUCAUGGCAUAGUCUUGGAAUCUUUUGAUGUUGUUUCACUUUCACAGCUAAAAAGUACUGUUGUCAGACUUAAACUUA